CGUCCCCCCCGGGAUCUCCGCCUAUGAGCCUAUCAGAUAAACACCGAAAUGGAGAGGGAAAACGGAACUUUCUUUUUUACCAAUAAAUAGAUGAUCCACGAUGUAGCCUGUUGCAGCGAAAAAAACUUUCCAAAUCUUUCAUCCCUGAAGCAACUCAUCAUUCCUUUAAAUUCUUGUUUAUCAUAGAGCUAAAGAAGAAAGUGACCAUGAAGUAGCUGUUUAGAAGCAAAAUAUUGAAAAAUGUAUCUGUAUCUUCUCUGACUCUGAUAGUAGAAACUGAAAGCAAAUUGGCGUUGGGAGUGGCAUUAUCACGCUGCUGAAAUCCACACUGAAUCAUACGUGCAACACAGAAGUCUGCUUCCUGACACUGGACAGUGAAACAACUUUUGAAGACAUGCCCAUGUAGUGUGAAUGUAAGAUCGCUCUCAUUUUCUCUGUGUCUACGUGUAUCUAUUACUGUUUAUGAAAAAGUUUAUGUGUCUUAAUUGGCAAAAAAAAAUUUAAGUUGUUGAUGAUUAAUUCAUCCCAAUUUAUCCUAGCUCAAACGGUUCACAAGUUAAGUUAAAAAGUUAUGUUGCUCCUCACAAAAACGAUAGAAAUGUGACUAGAAGUCAAGAAGUAAUUCUUCACCUACUGAAAAGUCGUUUCUCGUCUAUCUUUAUGGAACGUAGAAUGAGUGCACAGCAGCUAGUCUUGAGGCAACGAGCAGAGCUUGUCCGAGCACUAUGCUGUGGAGGAUCUUCCGAAGGCCUGGAGAGCAUACUAGACCUUCUCUUAUCCUGGGGUGCACUUGUUUGGGAGGACUAUCUGAAUGUUUGUGUGGCUGGCAAGACCUUGUGCUCCAGGACCAGAGAACUUUUAGACCUUGCUUAUUCAAAGGGGGAAAGCACUUGCUGUCUUCUCCUGGCUGCUUUGAGCCAUGUUCUUCCUGAUGCACAAAAGGACAACCUGAGGUUUGGGAAAUGCUCCAAUAUCCAGAAUUCGUUGGAGAUGCCGACCUCUGCAACACUUACACUGUUGAGUGACAGGCCUGACUUGGUGACACAACUUCGUAAUUGUGUUGAAGGGGCACUGGGUAUCUUAGUUGAGAAGGGAUUCAUCACAUCCUCUGAGUGUGAAGAAAUUCAACUCCCUGUGUACACGUCGUCACAACAGGUGAGACGCCUGCUGGACCUCGUUAAGUGUAAAGGAGAAGUUGCAGCAGAGGUACUUCUACAAUUCUCAAAGAGAAUACAAAAGACCGUUGUGCCACCCAACAAAAAUGACACUUUCACUAUGUCAGCCUCUGUGGCAGAGUACCAGAAGAAGCUGUGCAGUUCUAUUUCAGCACAGUCCCAUUUUCUUAGCACCUAUAGUGACACUGGCAAGUUCUCUCUGGAUGACAUCUAUACCGAGGGCCUAUUAGAACUUGGACAGACCAGCACUCAGAAGUCUCUAAACCUCGAGGAUGUGGUGGGACCUGUGGGGACCCUCAACAUGGAGGCUGACACAGUUCUGGUAUCAGGGGAAGCAGGUAGCGGCAAGAGCACCUUCCUACAGAGGCUUCAUCUACUCUGGGCCAGGAAAACAGUGUUACACAACUACCUCCUGCUUUUCCCUUUCAGCUGCAGAAAGCUGAACACAGAACAACAAGAUCUUUCUCUAAAGGAAUUGUUGUUUCUGCAUUGUUGUUGGCCUGACAGGGACCAGGAUCAGCUCUUCCAAUUCAUAUUGGAUCACCCUCACUUGGUCCUAUUUACCUUUGAUGGCCUUGAUGAGUUUAAACAGACUUUCUCCGAUGACCAGAGGCAUUGCUGUCCCACCCAACCCGCACCAAUGCCUGUCUUGUUCUUCAAUCUGAUGCAGGGCUCCUUGAUGAAGGGUGUUCGGAAGUUGGUGACCAGCCGCACUGAGGCUGUGCCACCCAUACUAAGGCAGUAUCUACGUAAGGAAGUUCUUCUGAAAGGGUUUUCUCCAGACGGGAUUGACUGCUUUGUGAGGAAGCAUCACUCUGACCCUGGAGUGGCCUCCCAUGUGUUGGAGUCACUAUGGAGCAAUACUGCACUUUUGGGCCUCUGCCACAUCCCUGUCUUCUGUUGGAUUGUGUCUAAGUGCUACAAAGAACUACUCGGGUUUGGCAACAGUGGUCCUCAAACCAUCACUGAUGUGUACCUCAUGGUGUUGCAGCACUUUUUUCAUCACAGAAUCUCUAAAGGGAAUAGAUUAGGAAAGGGCUGGGUCCAACAACAUUUUGACACAAUCAUGCGCCUUGGUAAGUUGGCAUUACAGGCCCUUGAGAACUCUCACUACAUUUUCUCAGAGACCGAGGUGCAGAAUGGUGGCGUUACGGAAGAGGAUAUCAGCAAAGGUUUCCUUAUUCAAAGUAAGAACAUCUCCUUUGACGGCAUACACUAUGAAUUCCUGCAUGUCACCAUGCAGUCUUUCUUCGCUGCACUUUUCAUCAUUCUUGAUAGCAACAGCAACAACCACCACACAAUCAAAAGACUCUUCCAGACUCCAAGGCCAGAAGGGUGUUUGGGAAUUCUUCAAGCCAAAAAGUAUGACGGGCCAAGCACUGAGAAUCCAAACCUUCAGAUCACUUCCACGUUUGUGUCUGGUCUCUUAUCCAAGCGCCACCAAAGCCUGCUACUACAGUGCCAUCCCAUCCAGACACUUAACAAAAAACGGAAGCAGGUUGUAAAGUGCGUGUCCAGAGGCAUGCAGAAUCAUUUUAAAUCCAUCCCGCGGCCUGUCAAAGGGGAGAAAAAGAGCAUGCACGCAAUGCCAGGCUUUGUAUGGCUCAUCAAGUGCAUUUACGAGAUGCAAGACAGCGAGGUCGCCAAAAAUGUCGUGGCCACGCUGGAAGUGGAGCACCUGAAGCUGACCUACUGUAACAUUGGCCCACUGGAGUGCACGGCUUUGGCCUUCGUACUGCAACACCUCCAGAGUCCGGUUGGCCUACAGCUGGAUAGCAAUUCAGUGGGAGAUGUUGGAGUGGAGCAGCUUCUGCCCUGUCUGCAUGUCUGCCACUCCCUCUAUUUGAGAAACAAUAACAUCUCUGAUGAGGGGAUUGCUAAACUUGUUGAGAAGGGCAUCCAGUGCCAGACCUUCAAAAAGAUUGCGCUCUUCAACAAUAAGCUAACUGAUGUCUGCACACAACACUUUGCUUAUCUUCUCAAAACAAAGCAGAAUUUCUUGUCUCUGCGGCUUGGGAAUAAUAACAUAACAGCUGCUGGGGCUGAGCAGUUGGCUGAAGGCCUGAGAUGCUGCCAGUCACUUCAGUUUCUGGGUCUGUGGGGAAACAACAUUGGUGACAAAGGAGCUGAGGCACUUUCUCACGCUCUAGAAGACAGUCGAACACUUGUGUGGCUGAGUCUGGUAGAAAAUGGAGUUGGCAGUGCAGGAGCACAGGCCCUUGCCAGAGUAAUUCGUAACAGUACCACAUUAGAUGAGUUGUGGUUGAGUAAAAACUGCAUCACCAGAGAUGGAGUGGAAUAUCUAGUGCAAGCCCUUGAGAAAAACUCCAGUGUUACAUCAAUAUGGUUGAGGGGUAACAAUCUCAGUCCAGAGGAGGUUGAAGAAUUUUCUCUGAGAGAAAGUAGACUUACUUUUUAAUAGAAAGGCAUUGACCUACUAUGUUUUCUUCUGUUCUUCUGCAGCUCUGUAUUCUGGAACAAUGUGCUUUUGUAAUAAGUCUAUAAUUUGAAAAGGUCAAGAAAGCUUUAUAAAGCCCUGGCAGGCAGUUCCUAUUUCAAUACAACCAAACCUCUGGAAAGCCCCAGAAGGCGGGUUUCGAUAAUUGACAAG